UCUCUCCUAGAUGAAGUCAUCGCCUCUAUCUCUGAAGAAUGUCACAACACUCUUCCCGAUGUGCUGUCGGGAGCCACAGGUAGACCUCCUUCGCAGCGUGUAACUUCGAUGAACUAACAUGAUUCGUUUGGAUUGGGUCGAGAUCAAUCUCAGGGAGCAUGUACUCCAAAUCAUCGCGCGAAUGUCAUCACAAGUCUUCCUCGGGAAUGAGGGCGCCAGCAAUGAUGCUUGGCUUAAGAUCACUAUGGAGUACACUACGAAUGCCUACGUCGCAGCAAUGAUCCUGCGCAUGUUUCCAGAAAGCCUGCGACCUUACAUCCACUGGGUCUUACCGCAAUGCCGUAAUCUUAGAAAGCAAGUUGCCGAAGCACGGCGAAUAGUUGCCGAUAUCGUUCACAGGCGAAACAAGGAAAAGGCUGCCAUAGAAGCCGAAGGCCGCUCGCCGCGCGUGUUCAACGACGUCACUGAGUGGUUUGCGCAGGACGAGAAAGAUGGGCACAGCGACUACGACCCGGUGGUCGGCCAGCUUAUUCUGAUGCAAGCAGCGAUUCACACCACAACUGAUCUACUCACACAAUCAAUGUUGGACAUAGCUUUACAUCUGGACAUGACCCAAGCUUUGCGGAGGGAUGUGGAACAAGCAGUACACCGAUACGGCUGGUCAAAGUCAACAUUAGCCGAAAUGCAUCUUGUGGACGCAGCCGUAAAAGAAAGCCAACGGCUGAAGCCGAUAGCUCGUACCUCCAUGCAUCGUCUCGUAUUAAAGGAUAUCGAGCUUUCAGAUGGCACGCUCAUUUGCAAAGAUAGCAUCCUUGGUAUUUCGGUUGACCAGAUGUGGAACCCCAAUGUGUAUGAAAGGCCGGCGGUCUGGAACCCGCACCGUUUCUAUCACAUGAGCCAGGCAGGGGAAAAAGCCGGAAGCCUCACGAACACGAGCCCAGACUACCUAGCCUGGGGUUACGGAAAGCAUGCAUGUGCAGGCCGAUUCUUCGUCGCCCAGGAAGUCAAGGUUGCCCUGAGUCACUUGCUGUUACAUUAUGAGUGGAAACUCGUGCCAUCAUCCGGCGCCACACAACCGUUGGAGCUUGGGCUGACUCUGGCUGCUGAUCCCAUGGCGAGAGUCAUGAUCCGGAAACUUUCAUAAAACUGGGUAACGCUGCCU